AAUUUUUAAUUUUAUUCGCACAUAACAACACUACCACAAGCAGCCAUACUGGUAAACGAGCAUCACUGACAACGUGCGUGGCGACUGCAGUUGCAGCUGCAGCUGUAACAACAAGCGUCAUAUCGACAUUUAAUCCCGUUAACCCCACGACAGCAACAAUUACAACGGCGGCCAGAGUCUUUUCCCGUUACGAUAGCAUCGAGGAGCUGCAUCAGCGUACCAGCAGAAGUGGAAGCGCGAUUGGAAUAGUGCCAGUGGUUGCGGCGCAGGGUGAACAAGGUGCACGUGGUAGCAUAGUAGCCGCAACUGGAGUGGGAGUGGGAUCCAGCGCUGGAAUUGGCAGUGGAGUUGGCACAGGAGGUUUGUAUGCAACCGCAGGUGCGCGUAAUGUACCAGUAGUAGGUAGCGGUAAUGGCAAUGGUGUGCGUAUAGCAGGUUCGCGGAGUGGUAGUAUAGGAGCUGGUUUAGAUGAUCAUCGCACAGUGUUAAGUCCCAGUGGUACAGGAACAGCAGCAGCAGCAGCAGUUGGUGGCGGAGGUGUUAGUGGUGGCAUUGGCAUUGGUGGAAGUGGCAGUGGGAGCAGCGGCGGUACACAAUUGAUAGGCGGUGCUACGUCGACGGUACCGGGGAGGCUUUCAAUUAGCUCACCAUCAGGUGCAAUGGCACAAGGCGCCAUAUUGGGUGUGAAUGAUUUCCCUGGCACGGGACUUUUAAUUGUAGGUAGCGGUGUUGGUGUUGCUAGCAGUGGUGGUGGGGCAGGAGUUGGCCAGGGAAGUGUUGGAACGGGUGCAGUGAGCGGCGGUGCACCCAAACGGCAGGGCAGCUUUUCGAAUGUUUUCUUGAAGUUGAUCGAUGGUAUGCCCGCCGGUACAAUGUUUUCGAAAUUCAAGAGUGCCAAUACGGCAUCGACAUCAUUGCAAAAUAUCACCGAUGCGAAUCCCAUUAGCCAGUACUUUAAGAUUGGUGAGCAGGUGGCAUGUGCGGGCCCCGAACUGGUGUGGCGAAUACAUGACGGCUACCGGAAAAGUGAUGGCAAGGCGUGUUCAAUAUUCGUUUUCGAGAAAAAAAUAGCAGAAAAGCUGCUCAAACCGAGACGCAAGGAAAUUGUAACGGAAUUGCUGAAAAAUUCUGUUAAGACAAUGGAUAGAUUUCGUCAUCCAAAGAUUCUGCAAGUUUUGCACACAGUGGAAGAGUCGACGGAUGCACUAGCUUUUGCCGCUGAGCCUGUUUUCGCCAGUCUCUCUAAUAUUUUAGCUUUUCAUGAAUCAAAAACUUAUGAACACAUUGCCAUGGCAUCGAAUGCAGCAGGCACCGGCCCACAGAACUAUCAACAGCAAGCUACAGCAAUUCCACAACGGCCAGCACAUGCGAAGGAGUAUAAUUUUUUAGAUAUCGAAUUCAAAUAUGGUUGUCUGCAGCUAGUGGAAGCUUUAUCCUAUUUACACUAUUCGGGCCAUGUUAUUCAUCGGAAUGUAUGCCCAUCAUCAAUAUUAGUUACCAAACGAGGUGCUUGGAAGCUGGCUGGCUUAGAAUUUAUUGAAAGAAUGAAUGCGACUGAUGUAAAUGAGUUAGUUCCUUGUCCACCUUGGAGUAACAGGGUAUCGAAAAUGGCUCAACCCAACUUGGAUUUUAUGGCUCCCGAAACUCAAUUAACUUCGAAGGGCAGCCUACUUAGUGAUAUGUUUUCAUUGGGUUUGGUAAUAUGUGCCGUCUUCAACAAUGGACGUCCGCUUAUACAAGCCGGUAAUAUAGUUUCAAAUUAUAUGAAGCAGUUGGAAACGCUGGAGGAGUCUGUGCAGAAAAUGCUGCCGCGUGUACCGUUACCACUACAGGCGGCCACCUCACGUUUGGUUAGUAAAGAUGCUACUGCCAGGCCGACGGCGCAACUGCUGCAACUGAUUAAGUACUUUAUAGAUCCCGCUGCAAAUGCACUCAAGUUCUUAGAUGUGGUAAACAUGAAUGAUAAGUCGCAAAAAUCGCAUUUUUACAAAAAUACACUAAUGGAAGUGCUGCCGCUGAUACCGAGGAAAUUGUGGUGGCAAAAUUUGUGGCCAAUGUUGCAGGCCGAAAUUAGCAACGGUGAAAUGCUGGCGGCUGUCUUACAACCGACCAUUAGACUCAUACAAGAGGCAUCGCCAAGUGAAUACGAGUCGAUUAUGGCGCCGACAAUGAAAAUUAUUUUCAGUUCACCCAAAUCCAUCCAGGCUACUGUGACUUUACUGGAAAAUUUACAUCUCAUUACUGAGAAGACGGCACCUAAGGAUGUUACCACCGACAUUAUUCCAAUACUGUUCUUUGCUUUCGAAAGCUCAAUAAUAAAAGUGCAGAGCGCUGCCGUUGUUGCAGUUACAAACGUAUUCGACAACAUUGAAGAUGUCUCUAUAAGACGUAUGGUUGUGCCAAAGGUAAAAUCGGUGUUUGAAAAAAAUCUUGCCGAUCGAAAAAUUGUGCAAAAUGUUCUCAUCUGCAUUGAAGGGCUGAUGGAUAAACUGGAGCGAGCUCAGGUUAAGAAAGAAGUCCUGCAGCUGCUUGGUGAUGUUCGCAUACCGGAUCCGGAUAUUGUGAUGCAUACAGUUCAUAUUUAUCACAAAAUGGUUGCCGAUAAAACGUAUGGGCUGACGGUGGAAACGAUGGCGAUACACGUGCUUCCUUUACUGGUACCGCACACCGUUAAUCCGGGCUUAAAUCUCGAACAAUAUUGCAUGCUGGUCGAGGUGCUGCAAGAGAUGCUCGAACAAAUUGACCGACAGCAACGUAUCAAAUUGAAGCUUGACAAUAUGUCAAUACCAUCACCGGAAUGUCAUCGUCCAUUGAGACAUCAAUUCUCUUCGGAUACCAUGAAUGCACCACCAUUCAAUAUACCCAAUUUGCGAAUCGAUCAGCGAAAAACAUCCAGUGCUGAGAAUAUGGCACAGAAGAACUCUGGAGGUUCAGGCAUGCUGGGUGGUUGGUGGUUUGGUUGCUCGCUAUCAUCGCCCGAUAGUAACAUCCCGCGUGUUGCUAAUGCAUUCCCCAACCGGCGUCUCUCGGAUAACACUUUGAAGAAACCGAAAACACGCAUAGCGCCAUCGUGUGCAUCCUUGCCUGGUGGAACGCCAGGCUCUGGACUGCCAACACUCCGACACUCGAGCAUUGGACCACAGGAGCGACGUGUCUCGACAAUCAAUCUGUCACCGCCUACUCUGGAGGAGUCUGUGCAGAAAAUGCUGCCGCGUGUACCGUUACCACUACAGGCGGCCACCUCACGUUUGGUUAAUAAAGAUGCUACUGCCAGGCCGACGGCGCAACUGCUGCAACUGACUAAGUACUUUAUAGAUCCCGCUGCAAGUGCACUCAAGUUCUCAGAUAUGGUAAACAUGAAUGAUAAGUGGCAAAUAUCGCAUUUUUACAAAAAUACACUAAUGGAAGCGCUGCCGCUGAUACCGAGGAAAUUGUGGUGGCAAAAUGUGUGGCCAAUGUUGCAGGCCGAAAUUAGCAGUGGUGAAGUGCUGGCGGCUGUCUUACAACCGACCAUUAGACUCAUACAAGAGGCAUCGCCAAGUGAAUACGAGUCGAUUAUGGCGCCGACAAUGAAAAUUAUUUUCAGUUCACCCAAAUCCAUCCAGGCUACUGUGACUUUACUGGAAAAUUUACAUCUCAUUACUGAGAAGACGGCACCUAAGGAUGUUACCACCGACAUUAUUCCAAUGUUGUUCUCUGCUUUCGAAAGCUCAAUAAUAAAAGAGCAGAGCGCUGCCGUUGUUGCAGUUACAAACGUAUUCGACAACAUUGAAGAUGUCUCUAUAAGACGUAUGGUUGUGCCAAAGGUAAAAUCGGUGCUUGAAAAAAAUCUUGCCGAUCGAAAAAUUGUGCAAAAUGUUCUCAUCUGCAUUGAAGGGCUGAUGGAUAAACUGGAGCGAGCUCAGGUUAUGAAAGAAGUCCUGCAGCUGCUUGGUGAUGUUCGCAUACCGGAUCCGGAUAUUGUGAUGCAUAAAGUUCAUAUUUAUCAAAAAAUGGUUGCCGAUAAAAAGUAUGGGUUGACGGUGGAAACGAUGGCGAUACACGAGCUUCCUUUACUGAUACCGCACACCGUUAAUCCUGGCUUAAAUCUCGAACAAUAUUGCAUGCUGGUCGAGGUGCUGCAAGAGAUGCUCGAACAAAUUGACCGACAGCAACGUAUCAAAUUGAAGCUUGACAAUCUGUCAAUACCAUCACCGGAAUGUCAUCGUCCAUUGAGACAUCAAUUCUCUUCGGAUAACAUGAAUGCACCACCAUUCAAUAUACCCAAUUUGCGAAUCGAUCAGCGAAAAACAUUCAGUGCUGAGGGUAUGGCACAGAAGAACUCUGGAGGUUCCGGCAUGCUGGGAGGUUCGUGGUUCGGUUGCUCGUUAUCAUCGCCCGAUAGUAACUUCCCGCGUGCUGCUAAUGCAUUCCCCAACUGGCGUCUCUCGGAUAACACUUUGAAGAAACCGAAAACACGCAUAGCGCCAUCGUGUGCAUCCUCGCCUGGUGGAACACCAGGCUCUGGACUGCCAACACUGCGACACUCGAGCAUCGGACCACAGGAGCGACGUGGCUCGACAAUCAAUCUGUCACCGCCUACUGAUGGAUCAAUGGCUAAUACAUCGAGCAGUGUACCAUUUUUAUUAUCAUCCAGCAUGCCAUCAAUCCGUUCCAGACGUACAUCUACUGUACACUCAUCGGGGCCAUUGGGAUGUGGCUCUGGGAUUCUACAAAAACUUGGCAGCGGAAUGGUAAGACAAAUAUGUAACUACUUCUGUAUCAGGCAAUGCAAGCCCGGUGCAAGAUUUAAUGGUUAAUGGACAACGUACCUUUGUCCGAAAGAUUUCCGAUAUUGAGUAUAUCACAUUCAGUCAGUAAUGAAGAAUUGAACAAGUGAAGCCUGUUGGCGUUAGCAAGAUAUGAAGAUUUGCAAACGCCUUAAACGCAAAUAUGCAUUGAA